CAUCGAUCUCCCCUCCUCAUCGAUCUCCCCUCCUCAUCGAUCUCCCCUCAUCGAUCUUCCCUACUCGUCGACCUCCCCUCCUCAUCGAUCUUCCCUCCUCAUCGAUCUUCCCUUCUCAUCGAUCUCCCCUACUCGUCGAUCUUCCCUACUCGUCGAUCUCCCCUCAUCGAUCUCCCCUCCUCAUCGAUCUCCCCUCAUCGAUUUCCUCAUCGAUCUCCUCAUCGACCUCCCCUCUUCAUCGACCUCCCCUCCUCAUCGAUCUCCCGCUCGCUCGCUCCGCAGCCUCCUCCACUGCGAGGCGAGAGACGGCGGCUUCGGCGGACUCCAUUUGGUGCUGCUGCUGCUACUGGUGGUGGAGUGAGCUGCUAUGGCUCACCACUGGCACUCAGCUUACAGCGGAGACGAUGGCGGUGAUGGCGGUGAUGGUGGCCAAGAUCAGCAAUGGACUAAGUCCCCGGACACGGACCGCGACUACGACGACUUCUACGACGACUUCUACGACAGAGGCGGUGGAGGAGGUGGUGGAGGUGGUGGAGGCGGUGGUGGAGGCGGUGGUGGAGGCGGUGGUGGAGGCGGUGGUGGAGGCGGUGGUGGAGGCGGUGGUGGUGGUGUCAGGCCGAAGCAGCGGCACGUGGUGAAGAUGGCGAGCGUGGUUGGAACAGCCGUGUGUGAGAUGUGCGGAGUGUCAGGACAGCGUAGCGACUUCUUCUCCAAGAGCAAGCGCUUCUGCUCAUCGUCCUGCUCACGCAGCUUCUCCUCAAACUCAAAGAAGUCGUCCAUACUCGCUCGCCUGCAGGGCAAGCCCCCCACUAAGAAGGCGAAGGUGCUGCAGAAAAAGGAGCUCACGGCCAAGAUGGCGGCCCUGGCCAACCUACACUCAGGCCUCCUCACACACAGCAGCCUGUCUCACUCAGACGCAGGAGCAGCAGAUUCUCGCUCUCCCUCUGGCUUCGACUGGGGCUCGUACCUGCUGCAAGGAAACUUCGAAGCGGCUUCGGUGACCUGCUUCAAGCAUCUGGGUCUGUGUGCCGCCUUCUCUAGCGCCACGCUGGGUGUCAAGUUGGAGGUCCUCAGCACCGACUGCAGCCUCCCCAGCAAAGUCUUUUGGGUUGCAACCAUCAUCAGGAUCGCCGGCCUGCGUGCGCUGCUUCGCUACGAGGGCUUUGGGGAGGACUCUUCCUGUGACUUCUGGUGCAACCUGUGCACGCUGGACGUGCAUCCCAUCGGCUGGUGUGCUGCCCUGGGCAAGCCCCUCAUACCACCACACACCAUUCAACAGAAGACGGUGAACUGGAGAGGCUUCCUGGUGAAGGCUCUCACGGGGGCCUCCACACUCACAGCGGACUUCCACACACAGGUGCUCUCCGCCAUGCGUGUCUCUGCCCGUGUGGGCUCGGCUCUCGAGGUGGUCGACAAGUCCCGGGUGUCGCGGAUGCGCCGUGCGGUCAUCCAGAAGAUCGUGGGCGGCCGCUUGCUCCUGCGCUACUGCAGCCUCUCACAGCCGCCGGUCGCCACGGCAACGGCGGCCGCCGUCGCCGCGGCGACGUCGCCCCGGCAACGCCGGUGCCCGGCCGCGGCCGCCCCGGCUAAGGGGCCGGCCGCGAGCGGCAAGGCCGGCGCCGGAGAACGGCGGAGGAGGCAGCAGAGGACGCGGCGACG